GCGCCGCCGCCGCGGACCCGCCCCGCGCACGCGCACCCGCGCGCUCCCCUGGCGGCGCCGGCGCACGCGGAGCGGCACCUGCGGCAGGCCCGGUUGCAUCACCCGGCUUGAGGGCGACGGGGGUCCUUUCGCGGGCCUGCCCCGUGCCGCGCCUGAGCCGCUGCCGCUCCCCCGCGGGGCUGGUGGCGGCCCCGCGCCGCUCAGCGCGGCCGAUCCCGAAGCUGGGCGUCUGCCCACCGCGGCCGGCGGGUACCGGGCCGAGCGGCGGCGGCGGCGGGGCCACGCGGAGCCGGGGGUCAGGCGGCCGCAUAGGCCGCCUAGCUUCCUCUUCGUGCCAAGAUGGCGGGGGACGAGGCGGGAGUGACUCUGGGGCAGCCGCACCUCAGCCGGCAGGACCUCGCCACCUUGGAUGUUACCAAGUUGACGCCUCUUUCACCAGAAGUCAUCAGCAGGCAAGCAACAAUUAAUAUAGGUACAAUUGGUCAUGUAGCCCAUGGGAAGUCAACAGUAGUCAAAGCUAUAUCUGGAGUUCAUACUGUCAGAUUUAAAAAUGAACUGGAAAGAAAUAUCACAAUCAAGCUGGGCUAUGCUAAUGCAAAGAUUUACAAGCUGGAUGACCCAAGCUGUUCCCGGCCAGAGUGUUACCGAUCCUGUGGAAGCAGCACCCCAGAUGAGUUCCCUACAGAUAUUCCUGGCACCAAAGGGAACUUUAAAUUGGUCAGGCAUGUCUCUUUCGUGGAUUGUCCUGGCCAUGAUAUUUUGAUGGCUACCAUGUUGAACGGUGCAGCAGUAAUGGAUGCAGCUUUACUGUUGAUAGCUGGUAAUGAGUCAUGCCCUCAACCCCAGACCUCAGAACAUCUAGCUGCUAUAGAAAUCAUGAAACUGAAACACAUUUUGAUUCUACAGAAUAAGAUUGAUUUGGUGAAGGAGAGCCAGGCUAAAGAACAGUAUGAACAGAUUCUUGCAUUUGUACAAGGUACAGUUGCAGAAGGAGCUCCAAUAAUUCCAAUCUCAGCACAGUUGAAAUACAACAUUGAGGUAGUUUGUGAGUAUAUAGUGAAGAAAAUCCCAGUCCCUCUGCGAGACUUCACAUCUGAACCAAGGCUUAUUGUAAUUAGGUCUUUUGAUGUCAACAAGCCUGGCUGUGAAGUUGACGACCUUAAGGGAGGUGUAGCUGGUGGCAGUAUUCUAAAGGGUGUUCUAAAGGUGGGCCAGGAAAUUGAGGUCCGGCCUGGUAUUGUAUCCAAGGACAGUGAAGGAAAACUCAUGUGCAAGCCAAUCUUUUCCAAAAUUGUGUCACUCUUUGCUGAACACAAUGAUCUACAAUAUGCUGCUCCAGGAGGUCUUAUAGGUGUUGGAACUAAGAUUGAUCCAACUUUGUGUCGGGCUGACCGAAUGGUAGGUCAGGUCCUUGGUGCCGUUGGAGCGCUGCCAGAAAUAUUUACAGAGCUAGAGAUUUCCUAUUUCUUGCUGAGACGACUAUUAGGUGUGCGCACUGAAGGAGACAAGAAAGCUGCAAAGGUGCAAAAAUUAUCGAAGAAUGAAGUUUUAAUGGUAAACAUAGGAUCCUUGUCUACUGGAGGGAGAGUCAGUGCAGUAAAGGCUGAUUUGGGGAAGAUCGUGCUAACUAACCCAGUAUGCACAGAAGUGGGAGAAAAAAUUGCCCUGAGUCGAAGAGUUGAGAAACACUGGCGUUUAAUUGGUUGGGGUCAAAUCAGAAGAGGAGUGACAAUCAAGCCAACUGUUGAUGAUGACUGAAGAACAAAAGAGUGUGCUUCAUUUUUAAAGAUGAAGUGCCUAUUUCUAUUUUGGAGGGGGUAUAUUUUCACAGUGGAAUUGGAAGCUGUGCAAACAGUAUCUUUGAGUUGUAUGGCUGUCCUUGUAAGUUUUAUUGAAUUUUACCCUCUUACUAAAAUACUAGUCACUAUCACCAUUAAAAAGUGUAAAAGAAUUGGCGUAGAAGUGGGUUUAACUAUCCACAUCUUGGUAGAAAAUAAUUGUACAUGUCUCAUGGCAUGUCUAAUUUAUGUUAUUUUGUUUCAGACAUACCUGUUUAAUAUCAGUCAAGCCAACCCCAGUGUAACACACAAACCAUAAAUCUGGUAUUGAAAUAAAAUAUUGCUUAUUUUCAUUAAUACUAUUUUUCUGAGUAACAAAAGACUGCAGUGAUUGUUCAACCAGUGCAAGCAUUAAAAGCAAAAACCCAAACUCUUCUUGAAGACUAGUACCCUUUCUGCACAAUGUCUUGUUUUGUUUAGACAACUGUUUACAGCAAGAUCUUCCUUCAUUUUUAUCAUCCUGACUUCAGGAUUCUAGCUGUAUUACACUUUGCAGUUAGGAUGGCAAUCCUAACUUUGACUUUAAUUUGACUUUAAUUUGUCAUUUCCAAUAUUACAAGGAGUUUUGGAUAAACCCCUGAAGAAAAACAACAAGUAAACUGGAUCUGAACUGGCAGCACUGGUUUUGACCUUGUCUUAAAA